GCACGUUGAGCGACAUUUGUGAUCGGCCGCCUCAACUACGUUCAAAAUUCAACCCCUCGUCAAUUAAAUAAAAUUUAUUUUCAACGCCAUUUUGCCAUCCCUCCUCAUAUAUAAACAAUCCCUUGUUUCUUUGCACCCUAAAUCAUACUCGAAACCGUUCUUCCAACACCCGUCUGUAAAAACCCUAAAAAACACAUUUCAUUUCAGACACCUUACUCUUCUUUACGAUAUCGUCAAAACCUAUUUAGAUUUUCAGUUGCUUUUGGGGAAGUCGAGUUCAUUUCUUCGGAAGUAGCUCAAUACAGCUUAUCGGUUUUUAGGGAUUCAAGGAUUUCCUUUAAAAAGUUAAAAAUUUUGGAUAGUUUUUGCAAAAAGUUGAGGGUUUUGAUUAGGGUCAGUUGAUUUCGUGCCUGGAAAUGGACGGGAGUGAUAUAUACAAAGCUAGUAGUAGUAUAAGGUUAGGGAGUUUAAGGGCAGCAAGUGGAAAAACACCAAGUUUAAGAUCUGGAAGUACUUCUGUAUGGAGGAAUUCUGGUAUGGAUGUGUUCUCGAGAUCUUCUCGUGAAGAAGAUGACGAAGAGGCUCUUAAAUGGGCUUCACUUGAGAAGCUACCGACUUUUGAUCGAUUGAGGAAAGGUUUGCUGUUUGGAUCAACAGGACCUUCCAAUGAAGUUGAUAUCAAUAAUCUUGGAUUUGAACAGAGACAACAUUUACUUGAUAGACUUGUGAAGGUGGCGGAUGAAGAUAACGAGAAGUUCUUGUUGAAGCUCAGGAACAGAAUUGACAGAGUUGGGAUUGAUUUGCCAACAAUUGAAGUCAAAUAUGAACAUUUGACUGUGGAGGCAGAUGUCAACACAGGAAGCAGAGCUUUACCUAGUUUCAUUAACUUCCACAUUGAUUUCAUUGAGGGGUUAUUGAGCAUGUUCCGUGUACUUCCGAAUUCAAAAAAGCAUAUAACUAUCCUUGAUGAUGUUAGUGGUGUUGUUAAACCUAGCAGAAUGACAUUACUUUUGGGUCCUCCAAGUUCCGGGAAGACAACACUCUUGUUAGCCUUGGGUGGGAAACUUGCAAAGGAGCUUAAGACCUCGGGGAAAGUGACAUAUAACGGGCAUGAAUUGCAUGAGUUUGUACCCGAAAGAACGGCUGCUUAUAUCAGUCAAAACGAUGUUCAUAUUGGAGAAAUGACUGUCAGAGAAACCUUGGCUUUCUCAGCAAGAUGCCAAGGGGUUGGAUCACGUUAUGAGAUGUUGGCGGAGUUGUCAAGAAGAGAAAAAGACGCAAAUAUUAAGCCUGAUCCUGACAUCGAUAUUUACAUGAAGGCUGCUGCAACAGCAGGACAAGAAGCUAGUGUGGUCACAGAUUAUACUCUCAAGUUAUUGGGGUUGGACAUCUGUGCUGAUACCAUGGUUGGGGACCAAAUGAUAAGGGGUAUCUCUGGUGGACAAAAGAAGCGUGUCACAACAGGUGAAAUGAUUGUGGGGCCAUCAAAGGUUCUUCUCAUGGACGAGAUAUCUACUGGUUUGGACAGUUCUACAACUUUCCAAAUCGUGAAAUCUCUUAAGCAGAUGCUACACAUUCUAGAAGGAACAGCCGUCAUUUCUCUCCUUCAGCCGGCACCCGAAACAUAUGACUUGUUCGAUGACAUUAUCCUCCUGACUGAUGGAAAGAUUGUGUAUCAAGGCCCACGUGAACAUGUGCUCGAGUUUUUCGAAUCUAUGGGGUUCAAAUGCCCCGAGAGGAAAGGCAUUGCUGAUUUCUUGCAAGAAGUUACAUCAAAGAAAGAUCAACAGCAGUAUUGGAUGAGAAGAGACCAUGCUUAUAGAUUUGUGACUGCUAAAGAAUUUGCUGAGGCGUACCAAUCCUUUCAUGUUGGAAGAAAAAUGGGACAAGAUAUUGCGACAGCUUAUGACAAAACAAAAAGCCACCCUGCUGCUCUCACAACUGAAAAUUACGGUUUAAACAAAAAGGAGCUCUUGAAGGCUUGUACUGAUAGAGAAAUAUUGCUCAUGAAGAGAAAUUCAUUUGUUUAUAUCUUCAAGUUAUUCCAGCUACUUGUGAUGUCGCUCAUCACUUUGACUGUGUUUUUCCGAACCGAGAUGCAUAGGCGUACAACUGAAGAUGGUGGGAUAUAUGUGGGUGCUCUUUUCUUUGGUGUUGUUAUGAUCAUGUUUAAUGGGAUGUCUGAAAUAUCAAUGACAAUUGCAAAGCUUCCUGUAUACUACAAACAAAGAGACUACCUGUUUUACCCUUCAUGGGCGUAUGCUUUACCCUCAUGGGUUAUCAAGAUUCCUGUUUCGUUUCUUGAAGCUGCUGUUUGGGUGAUUCUCACUUAUUACGUAGUGGGUUUCGAUCCUAAUAUUGCAAGAUUCUUCAAGCAAUAUCUUCUGCUUUUGCUCGUUAACCAAAUGUCUUCAGGAUUGUUUCGUUUCAUUGGAGCGUUGGGUCGAAAUAUGAUUGUGGCAAACACAUUUGGUUCAUUCGCACUUCUCUUAGUCUUUGCUUUGGGUGGCUUUGUUCUUGUUCGAGAGGAUGUAAAGAAGUGGUGGUUGUGGGGAUACUGGUCAUCCCCUAUGAUGUACGCCAUGAAUGGAAUUGCUGUGAACGAGUUUCUUGGGAAUCAAUGGAAACAACCAUUGAAUGGUACCACAUUAGGGAAAAUUAUUAUCACAUCUGGAGGGUUCUAUGCGGAAGCUUAUUGGUAUUGGAUUGCAAUUGCGGCCUUGGUGGGAUUCAUUCUUGUCUUCAACCUGUGUUUUGCUUUGUCUCUGGCUAUCCUUGGCCCAUUUGGGAAAACUCAGUCGAAUGCAGCACAGGCGGAUAGUGACACAGAAGUUGAAUUGUCAGCCAUGACAACCGGAAAUGAUGCCACUCAGACCAAGAAGAAAGGGAUGAUUCUUCCAUUUGAACCACAUUCAAUCACCUUUAAUGAUGUCAAAUACUCUGUUGAUAUGCCACAGGAAAUGAAAGAGCAAGGGGUGAGUGAAGACAGAUUACUGCUACUUAAAGGUGUGAGUGGAGCUUUCCGACCUGGUGUUCUUACAGCUCUGAUGGGAGUCAGUGGUGCUGGAAAAACAACUCUGAUGGAUGUUUUGGCUGGAAGAAAAACCGGUGGUUAUAUUGAAGGUGAUGUUAGGAUUUCCGGGUAUCCAAAGAAACAAGAAACUUUUGCUCGAAUCUCCGGUUACUGUGAGCAAAACGACAUCCACUCGCCACAUGUCACUGUUUAUGAGUCUUUGCUCUAUUCAGCCUGGUUAAGGCUGGCUACAGAUGUUAAUGAAAAUACCCGAAAGAGUUUUGUGGAUGAGGUUAUGGAUCUGGUGGAGCUGAACCCAUUAAGAGACGCGUUGGUCGGGUUGCCAGGUGUCAAUGGGCUAUCGACUGAACAAAGAAAGCGGUUGACUAUUGCUGUUGAGCUUGUAGCCAAUCCGUCUAUAAUCUUCAUGGAUGAGCCAACUUCAGGGCUUGAUGCUCGAGCUGCUGCUAUUGUCAUGAGAACUGUUAGGAACACUGUCGACACAGGAAGAACAGUCGUCUGCACCAUUCAUCAACCCAGCAUUGAUAUCUUUGAAGCUUUUGACGAGUUGUUCUUGAUGAAACGAGGAGGACAAGAAUUAUACGUGGGACCUGUGGGUCGCCAUUCUUGUGAGUUGAUCAAGUAUUUCGAGGAUGUGAAUGGGGUAAGUAAGAUAAAAGACGGAUACAACCCUGCGACAUGGAUGUUGGAAGUCAGUACCUCAGCGCAAGAAAUUGCUUUAGGAGUGGAUUUCACAGAAAUCUACAGGAACUCAGAUCUUUACAGGAGAAACAAAGCACUUAUCGCUGAAUUAAGCGUCCCACGUCCCGGAACAAACGAUCUGUAUUUCCCGACACAAUACUCGCAGUCAUUCCUUGUUCAAUGUAUGGCUUGCCUGUGGAAACAACGUUGGUCGUACUGGAGAAACCCGCCUUACACUGCUGUCCGUUUCGUCUUCACCACCUUCAUUGCCAUCAUAUUCGGUACCAUGUUCUGGGAUCUCGGUAGCAAAAAGACGACCCAACGGGAUCUGAUAAACGCAAUGGGCUCAAUGUACGCCGCAACCCUCUUCCUCGGAGUCCAAAACGCAUCGGCGGUGCAACCAGUUGUAGACGUAGAACGCACCGUCUUUUACAGAGAACGAGCAGCCGGAAUGUAUUCCGCUUUGCCAUACGCCUUUGCUCAGGUUCUGGUUGAAGUCCCUUACGUUUUUGCACAAAGCGCGGUGUACAGUGUUAUAGUGUACGCCAUGAUUGGGUUUGAUUGGACAGCAGCCAAGUUCUUCUGGUACUUGUUCUUCCAGUUCUGCUGUUUACUCUACAUGACUUACUACGGUAUGAUGACGGUCGCCAUUACUCCCAACGCCAACAUCGCUGCAAUCAUCGCCGCCUCGUUUUAUGGACUCUUCAAUCUCUUUUCAGGAUUCAUUAUCCCACGACCCAGGAUUCCGGUGUGGUGGAGAUGGUACUACUGGGGGAACCCAUUGGCCUGGACCCUUUACGGCAUGGUUGCAUCGCAGUUUGGCGACUUCGACACCGAGCUUACUAGUGGUGAGACCGUGAAAGGUUACUUGCGUCGGUAUUUUGGUUUCAAGCAUGAUUUCCUGGGCGCCAUCGCUGGAGUGCAUAUCGGACUGGUUUUGUUUUUCGCGUUUAUCUUUGCGUACUCCAUCAGAUCCUUCAAUUUCCAGAAGAGAUAAUAAGAUCACAUGAGCAAGCAUGUACGAUAGCGUUUUGAUAAUUUUUAAGUUAUAAAUUAGGUGUAUAAAAAUUUGUUCUUUGUCCCAAAGAAAUAUUAUACAUACAUAUAUUAAUUUUCACUUUGGUGUGUGGGUAGAAAGUAGAAACUACUAUUAAUUUGGUCUACUUUAUGUAGACAAAAACUUACUAUAACCAGAAUAUAUUAUACCUUUCUUGCAUA